AUGGACCUGUCGUUCAUCGCAGCCUUUACUGGAGCACUGUUGCACAAUCCUCGUCGUCGCCAUUCAUCAAGAACGGCAUCAUCUAGAUCCGUCCUGCGAAUGGCCAUGCCUGAGCUACCACCAGAAAUGAAGAAAUAUUCUCAAGUUCCAUCUCUUGAUUCACAUUUCACCAACGAUUUUAUUCCUUCGGGACUCUUGAAGGAUCACUCUACCAAAGAUGGCACAUGGGGAGUCAUUCGCCUCAACAAGGGUGAACUGCAAUACAAUAUUGGAGAGGAAUCGUUUGUCUUGAACGCCUCCAACCCAGGUAUCAUCGAGCCAAACAUAAAACAUUCAGUCAAGUCAUUAUCAGAAGAUUUGGAGUUUGUAGUCGAAUUUUACAGGCUGCCAUAUACUGGACCUGUAGACGAACCAAGAGAAGGCUUGUAA